AUGGGACGCCAGUCGCUGCGGAGUCCCUUUCCAAUUGCCGUGCGGACAUCAAGCAUCAACGCAGAAACGGUCAUGUACGACGAAAAGCCUCUGUCGAGAAACGCAAUGAGGAACCAGAUGCCCCAGCCAGACUCCUUUUCUCGAGAACUCCGCGUCCGAGCAUCAUCCCCGUUACUGGGACGGAGCUAUCAUUCCAGCCAACCCUCUGCACAACCUCCCUUUCGUACGCUGCCCGAGGCACCUCAGUUGCCCCAAUUACACCAGUCGGGCUCGUUCGCCGACUUCGCCCACGACAAAGACUUUGAAAAGUAUGCCUUGGAUUCGCAAUCGCAGCGUAAUCUGGCGUUCGGCGUCGUCGAAGACAUGCGAGGCAUCGGCUUCCCCCAUCUCGAACAAGGCUCCAACAGAGUCGCAGAAAUGGUGGAAGAAUCGAUGAAUGGUCCACCCAAGCGGAAACCCAGCAGACUCGACCUCUCUCUUCUCUUCCCCAAGCCAAAACCUGCUGCGGCUCCGUUGCUUUCGCCUCAGCGGUACACACAUUCACCGUCUCCCGUCACUUCGGAACACUCGGUGAAGCCUGCGCCAACCAAGCUCUCGAAACCACGCUCCAAGGGGAAUAUGCGGAUAUCCUUCGUCAAGGAGAUUCCAGAAGAGCGCCUUCCUCCGACACGACAGCGUGCCUCUCAAAAGCCAAUGGAUUGGUUUGACGUUCCUCUGGAAAAGAUUAUUCGCCUCGGGGAUUCCCUCGACGUUGAAGACAUGCAGGCAGGUGAUCAUGAUGAUGCCGAUGAUCAGGGAGAUCAAGAAGUCGAACCCCCCGCUCAUAAAAUCAACACACAAACAACCAAGAAGGUCCAUCAACCGCCAGCGAUCGAAUCCCGACCAAAGACCAUUUCAACAAGAGCUUCUUCGGCUACAGGGUCGGAAAGGUCAACAUUCACUUCAUCCUCCAUGUCCCGCCGCGUCUCACGUGAUAAUCGCUCAAGCCGUCAUCAUCCAAAUCGUCAACAGAUACCCUCUCAAUCAGCGAGUCGAGUGCCAGGCUCACUGCAGACAUGGCAAUCUGAAGGCGACUUGCGUUCAUCGCAGAAACGUGGCGGUCGUCUGUCCAAAAAGAAAAGCAGCAGUACAUUCAUGAGUUCAGAUCUGACCAAAACCAGCGUUUUAUCCUUGUCAUCGUCCGAAUCCGAGUCUGAAGAUGAGAAAUAUACAAGUGAAGACGAGUAUGAAGGCGAGCUGAUUCUCAGUAGAGCUGCUCCAUCCCGAACAUCUCGAGACAGUUUUGCUACGAACGAUUAUUUAGACCCGGAAAUAUGUCGUGCUGAAGCGGUGGUCGCUACGAGGACCCAUAGUGCCGCUCGCCUCGACCGAACGCACUCAAACGUCUCUAGUACCAGUUCCACAUCGCGCAGUACAAUGCGACGUCCCACUCGAUCCCGGGCCGACUCCCUUUCUUCAGCCGGAAGGUCGUCUGUGUCGGGGAAGAUGUUCGGGUCAUCAGGCCAUUUCAAUGCCCCCUUGAUCGAGGAACCGGAGGAACAGAAGGACGAAGCAAGCGGCACUGGGCGACCACAACAAUGCGCACCGCGAACACGCAAUGACAUCCAUUCUGCCAAGAGAAGAAGUCGAAUCAUCGCAGUUACGCGGCAGGAAGAGUCAUUGUUAGAAGCGAUGAGACUCCGAAAUGGUCGGAUCACUCCUAGUAUAUUCAACGACAUUGAAAGCAAUGCUCCUCAUUCCGGCGUUGACUCGCGAUCAUCGUCAGUUCCACCACGAAUUCGCUCCCCAGAGUCUAUCCAGACCGAGUUCGAUACUUCGUUCCUCCGACUGAGUACGGCUAUGCGACUCCCCCCGGGUAGUCCACCGGCUGCAGGUGAAAAUACCUCCUCCAGAGAACAAGACACAUCUAUAUCGUUGGGCUCCGCGUCUGAUAGCGAACAGAAGACCGAUAGUACCAAUUAUACGUCGUCCCCAAGACUUAGCCUCGCGUAUUCGGAAACGCCCUCGUCCACAUCGACUAUUGGACAUAUGUCGCCCGUCACUCCUCCUACUCUUUCUCUUCACCGUUUCUCUCCACGCGCGCCUCCCCCCUCACAUGCGCCACCGCCAAUUCCUCAGGACGUGGCACGACGCCAUUCCCGCCGCAGGACUGAUAGCAGCGAGGCAAUCGUAUUGGCCGAUUCCGAAUCAGACAAAACGUCAGAUCCCCCGUAUCCACUGUGGGCUGUGAAAUGGGGUCGAGAUCCCCACGAUCUAACCUUUGUGCACUAG